GCAGAGGUCACCUCCUGGUGAGACUUGGCCCCUGCCGGGCCUUGGCCUGCAUCCCAGGUUUGCAGUUGUGAUUUAUUUCUGGUACGUCCGCCUUCCGUCACCAAGUAGCAAAGCCCAAAGGACGAGCAGCAAGAUAUCCUACUGUGGCCACGAGUGUCUGCGGGGGAACUGCUUCAGCCCUCAGUUGUCCCCAUUCCCCAAGGGGCUCUGAGACCUUUGGGAUUCCUGUCACAUUCACUCAAGGGCCUGCGAGGACCUAACAAGCCCCUCAGAAUCACCCCAGAGUUGCUGAGCAUGACGCGGGAUGAGGCACUUCCAGACUCGUACUCAGCACAGGGUUUCUAUGAGAACUAUGAGCCCAAGGAGAUCCUGGGCAGAGGAGUUAGCAGCGUCGUCAGGCGCUGCAUCCACAAGCCCACGCGCAAGGAGUACGCUGUGAAGAUCAUUGACGUCACUGGUGGAGGCAGCUUCAGCUCUGAGCAGGUGCGGGAGCUGCGAGAGGCCACGCUGAAGGAGGUGGACAUCCUGCGCAAGGUCUCAGGGCUCCCCAACAUCGUACAGCUGAAGGACACUUAUGAGACCAACACUUUCUUCUUCUUGGUGUUUGAUCUGAUGAAGAGAGGGGAGCUCUUUGAUUACCUCACUGAGAAGGUCACUCUGAGUGAGAAGGAAACCAGAAAGAUCAUGAGAGCCUUGCUGGAGGUUAUCCGCAACUUGCACAAACUCAACAUUGUGCAUCGGGAUCUGAAGCCUGAGAACAUCCUCUUGGAUGAUGACAUGAACAUCAAGCUCACAGACUUUGGUUUUUCCUGCCAGCUGGAGCCAGGAGAGAAGCUUCGAGAGGUCUGUGGGACUCCCAGUUACCUGGCCCCUGAGAUCAUUGAAUGCUCCAUGAACGAUGACCACCCAGGCUAUGGGAAGGAGGUGGACAUGUGGAGCACCGGGGUCAUCAUGUACACCCUGCUGGCUGGCUCCCCGCCCUUCUGGCACCGGAAACAGAUGCUGAUGCUGAGGAUGAUCAUGAGUGGCAACUACCAGUUUGGCUCACCUGAAUGGGAUGAUUAUUCAGACACUGUGAAGGACUUGGUGAGAGGCCAGGCCUGCUGGCUCCUCCACUCAGGCGAGGGGAAGUCCCCAACAGGGGUGGGGGGCAUAUCGUGCUAUAGAACGGAGGACCCUGCUGGGAAGACCCUAUGUCUUUUCAAGUGCUGGAGGGGAGCCUGCCUUGGUGUUUUCCGCUCCCCUUCCUUAUUCUCUCAGGUUUCCCGAUUCUUGGUGGUGAACCCCCAGGGCCGCUAUUCAGCAGAAGAGGCCUUAGCGCAUCCCUUCUUCCAGCAGUAUGUGGUGGAAGAAGUGCGUCACUUCAGUCCCUGGGGCAAGUUCAAGGUGAUCGCUCUAACUGUUCUGGCUUCAGUGCGGAUCUAUUACCAGUACCGCCGGGUGAAGCCUGUGAGCCGGGAGAUCAUCAUCCGUGACCCCUAUGCCCUCCGACCUCUGCGCCGACUCAUCGAUGCCUAUGCUUUCCGGAUCUAUGGACACUGGGUGAAGAAGGGACAGCAGCAGAACCGGGCUGCCCUCUUCGAGAACACACCCAAGGCUGUGCUCCUCUCCCUGGCUGAGGAGGACUACUGAGGGGCUGGCAGGCGGGAAGGUAGGGUGGGGGGCAGGCGAGGAGGCAAAGUCACAGAAAUAUAAGCUGAGGAGUGAGAUCAUGUCCAGGCCUCUGUCCAGAGGGGGCCCUUGGCCCUGGCAAGGACCCCUGGAACUAGGGCCACUAUCCCCUCUCAGAGGCUCUGCACAAGAAGAGCAGGGUGCUCCCAUCACAUGUUGGUAAGGGUGCUCAGGGCCAGGCCCCACGGAAAGGGAACCAGAGGUGGUUUGAGAGCCUUCCUGCUUCUCUACUUCCCAGCUGUACCACCAUCUUGGGUCCUUCUCAUGGGAGGACCAGAGUUCCUGACACUCACACGUACUUCCCUUAGGGUCCCAGGAGGAGGAUAAAAGAGACGACGGUCUGAUACACACAAUCAUGGAGAUUUUACUGACUCACAGCAUCCAGUGACACCAUGGGAGCAGAUUCUUUUCCAGGGACAUGUGUUUACAGGCAUAUGGAUGCCCUCAUAUAAUUAACAAUAGAAAGGGAAGGUUCUGGUA